AUGUCUCUUCUCAUUAUGAAGAGGGCUAUGACAGAAACAGUGAGAGGUGGUAUUCUAAGCAACGAUAAGACAAAAGCUUUCCUAGAGGCUGUUGGGGAGAAAUUUAAGGAGUCAAAGAAGGUUGAGACGGGAAGUUUGAUGAAUGCCCUCACCACUAUGAGAUAUGAUGGUGAAAGUAGUGUCAGGGAGUACAUUAUGAAACUCAUUGACAUUGCCAAUAAGCUCAAGGAUCUGGAAGUAACCAUCUCUGACCCUUUCCUCGUGCAUGUAGCUCUUAAUUCACUACCACCAAAGUUUGGACAGCUGAAAGUUUCUUACAACACACAAAAGGAAAAUUGGGAUCUUAAUAAGUUGAUCUCCAUGUGUGUACAAGAGGAGGAUAGGCUGAAAUGUGAUAAAAUGGAAGUUGUCAACCUUGUGCAUUCGACUGAUGGUAAGAAAAAUGGUGCAUCAGGUUAUGGUAAGCCCUUUCAUGCUUUUAAGUCUUCAAAUGCUUUUGCCAAAACUGCCCAACCACCACCUAAAGGGUCUCAAAGUGUUAAAGUCAACAAAACUAAAAUUUUCAAAUGCUAUUUUUGCAAAAAGUCUGGCCACAUGAAGAAGGACUAUGACAAAUACAAAAGGUGGCUGAUUAAGAAAUGUAUUUCAAAUUUUUGUGUGUGCAUUGAGUCUAAUCUUGUUGUUGUCCCUAUGAAUUCUUGGUGGUUUGGCACUGGUUCUUCUGUGCAUAUCACCAAUACUUUGUAG